AUGCUGGAUCAAGGCGAGUUACAGAUAAAUCGUUGUGUCAAGAACAAGGGAGAAGAAGAGAUAGCCGUGUUGGAAAUCCUUUAUGAUGAAGUUAAUGUGGACAUCCCGUAUGAUGAGGUUAAGGUGGAAAUCCCUAUAAACCCAUUGGUGAUAGAGUUUCCAGCACCGUUCGUGUAUAAAGAUGAGAAGGCGGUACCGUGGAUAUAUCAACCCAGAGCUUUUAAGCAAGGGCAGGAAGACCGACCCGUGGUAAUCAAUGAACCAAACGUCACCUCAAUUAUGGGGCCAGCUGGAAUGACGCGUAGUGGCCGAGUGUUCACGCCAAGGGCCGUUGAUGCUUCUACAAAAGCCAAAGGGAACGAAGUUGCUACUCCUGUCCAAAUCCCUGUCCCUAGUCGAGAAAUGCAAGAAAUGAAUUUGUCUCCUAAAGCUGCAGUCACUCGUGAGGAGGCCAAGGAAUUUCUAAGGAUAAUCAAGAAAAGUGAUUAUAAAGUGGUGGACCAAUUGAAUCAAACACCUUCAAAAAUCUCCAUGUUAUCUCUGUUGCUCAACUCAGAAGCACACAGGAAUUCAUUAUUGAAAGUGUUAAGCGCAGCACAUAUCACGAAAGACAUAACGAUAGAACAAUUUGACGAUGUGAUAGCUUGCGUAACCACUGGAAAUUUUUUGGGGUUUAACGAUGAUGAACUGCCAGUUGAGGGAAAGAACCAUAACAAGGCCCUACAUAUCUCCUUGAAAUGCAUAGACACUAUACUAUCAAGGGUAUUAGUAGACACAGGUUCCUCAUUGAACGUCAUGCCAAAAACCACUUUGAUAAAGCUGCCAAUGGAGAGGAUGAAUAUGAAGCCCAGUACCCUAAUUGUAAAAGCAUUCGAUGGCUCAAGACGAGCAGUGAUAGAAGAGGUUGACCUACCAAUCAAAAUAGGCCCAACUUUUUUCAAUAUCACAUUCCAGGUUAUGGACAUACAUCCCGGUUAUAGUUGCCUACUUGGGAGACCAUGGAUCCACUCUGCAGGCGCCGUCACCUCCACUUUACACCAAAAGCUAAAAUUCAUUACAAAUGACAAGAUGAUUGUGAUUGGAGGGGAGGAGGAUAUCUUGGUUAGCCACUUAACAUCUUUCCGAUAUAUCAAGGUGGAUGGCGAGAUAACCGAGACACCAUUCCAGUCCUUGGAAGUGGUAAAUAUGAUGGUUGUCCAACAGACAUUGGAGACUCUGAAGUCAGGACCGUCCAUGGCCUCGUGGCAAGGAGCUAAGGUUGUGAUUGAAAGUGAAAAUGCUCAAGACUGGGGCAAAGUGGUGGAAGUGAGAGAGAAGCGAGACAAGUUUGGGUUAGGGUAUGACCCGUCGUCAAUUGAAGUCGAUAACCAACAUGAUAAAGAGCAUAUCCCUCCUGUAGAACUGACGUUGGCCACAUGUUUGGCAACCAGGUGGCAAUGA